GUCGCAUAAGAGCAAUUGCCAUGCCAAGAACGAGUCCGUGGGUUUUUCGUUCUUCUGUUCUCCUCUUUCCUACUUCACUCUCGCUUGGUCCGCUCGUCACACUCACGCAGCUGCACGUGGACUGGACAGAGCGCGACUUGUCACAGCAACAAUCGUUGUUUCCUUCACGCAAACAAAAGCAUUGAUGUCACCCCACACCGUCUCCGCAAUUGGCUGUGCCUCAUUCGAGACCCUUUUCGCGCUCUCGAACUUUCCCUGUGACACAACCAGGUUCCCAACUCUGCCCAACCUAAGAGCUCCAACCCCUUCACCCCACCCCUGCGACCAGCUUCAACACCGGCCGCUACACCGCAGCUUCGCCCAACAUGCCUCGUAGGCAAUUUGUGGCCGACUUGGCCGCCGCUGUAGAGGGUGUCUCUGUUGCAGGCAUCUCGGCCGUGCAACCGGGCGGCGACGAUGGCGAGUUCACCUUCAUUUGCGUCGCUGACGGCCACAACCUCGAAAUAUCCGCUCUGAUACCCGAGCUGUCUGACUAUCCCUCGAGCCACAUGUGUAUGGUCUUUGGUCCCGAUAAUGCGUCCGCCAAAGUUGCCAGUACCCUGGCUGACAUCUCGGCAACUGGAAAGACGGUGCAGCAGAUCCUGGAACUUGUGUCCCGCAAGCUGGAGUCGACUGACAAGGAUGGCGACCAGCAAAUGCUCAACUCACAAAACUUCGAUGGUCUCGAACACGGAUCAGAUGACGAUGACGACUAUGAGGAGGAGUACUUCCCUGGAGACGAAGACAUGCUACCAAAGCCCUUCAUCAAUGGCCACCAAACCUUGGCUGCCGGAACCUUCACAGAGCCCACUGCUGCUUUCAGGCAACGCAUUCGCCGCGAUCUCCUGGCAGCAAAGAGCAGUGGCUUCAAGGUUGGCCAUCUGGGUGGUCUGAUGGACGGCCUGGGAUGCUACAUCAGCAUCUCCAUCCGCAUCGCAAAGCUAGGCAUUUCGGAGGAAGCUAUGCAGGCAUGGCAGUUGGAGCCCACGGAGUACCUCAUUGCGUUGUUCCACUACCCAGCCGGAUACAAGACCAUGGAUGAUCUUCGAUCAUACGACGCCAGCCAGACGCAACGCAACUUCGGCAUUCGCAUCGGCAUCUCCAAGUCUUACAAGCCUACCCUACAGGAAGCUGUACAGGCUUUUACCGUGCUCAGCAGAGAGGAUGAGAAGCAUCGUGAUGAGUCGCAGCAGGCAGAGUUCCAGCAGCAGACUACAGUGCAACCAGGUUUCCGGCACUCCUUCAUCUCGAGACCUUUGAAUGAGCUGCUGGCCCAACGUUUUCAUAUGCUUCUCAAGUACCGAUAUGCAGGAAUGCCAUGGAAUGGAGCCGAGCUGUUCUACAACGAUCAGAUACUGCGACCAAUGAGCACACAUUCCGAAGGCUCAGAGGACAAGUACUAUGCCCCCGAAGCGAUCAGCACGGCAUUCCCUCCUCUAAUCACAGCCGAUCACAUCCAGCAGACGACCGGUCAAGAACACUCGUUACCUAUUGUGGGCAUGCAGUUCGUUCUCAGGCACUUUGUGCGCUGUACCGAGUUCUGUCUUAUCUGCUUCAGCAAGAUGGCCGAUGAUCUCCAAGCGAUCAAGCCGUACGUCUGCGACAACCCGCUAUGUCUCUACCAAUACAUGUCGUUAGGAUUUGGACCAAGUAUAGAGCAUGAGGUUCUCUCUCAGCCAAAGGUGGUAGAUUUGCUUGUCAGCUUCUGUUACUCCAGUGCACGCCAGUCCAGAUUAAAGGACUUCCCUGCUGGUCUUGCUCUGAUGGUUCCUCCCUCUUCAUCCUACGAAGAAGACUACGUUCUGAACCAGUACCGGGGUUAUGGCAUGCAGCCGCAGCCACAGUCGCAAAUGCCAAAGACCACACGCGCUGGUCGUGAGCAAGCUCCGAUAAAAAUGAGGUUCAACCUGGACAAUCGAGAGAUUCUAUUCGAAGACAAGUCUAAGCCGUGCCCUGUGCGGGUAAACGAAUGGAUCACACUGCGAUUCGACGAUGACCCCGGCAAAGCCUUACACUGUCGCGUGGUAGAUGCCUCCUACUAUCCAUCAGUCAAGGUCUCUGAGCCCCUCGAGCCCGCUGUUGCGACCUUGGAUGGGUCUUCUCGUGGUUAUGGAUAUCAACUAGCUGCUGCGCUACCAUCUCCGGCACCAAAGGCAGCUUUCAAGUCCCCUUGGAACAUAAACGAACUUCGCCCUGCAAAAUUCCAAAUCUACAACCAGAACUUCGACGAUCUCCCAGAGCAAAACAAACGACAGGUCAUUUGUCUCCUUCUCGACCUGCUUCCUCCUGUUAAAGACAUGAGGCAGUAUUUGCUCCGAAAUGCACAAUCCUCGCUUAGUGCCUGGACGGACCGCCUAUCCCCUGCAGCCCUGGGAUUGCUGCGUUGGAUCAUCGCUUCGAAUCGAGCGUGUAUCCUUCAAGUAGAUGUCGAGGAUGAUGCUGCUACAGGUCGCAAGGCUGAGGAUAGAUUAUAUGGGAUGUCAAGAUGGGCGCAGUUCAGAUUUGCCAUGGGCGCACCAGACAAAGAGCGGCGAUUUAUCCAGUCUGUACGAAGCGUCACCGAAAGACUUCACUUGAAGUUCCCCACUUUUUUUGCAUGGCACGGUAGCCCAUUGCACAAUUGGCACAGCAUCAUUCGCGAAGGUCUGCACUUCAAUGAGACCCACCACGGUCGAGCUUACGGCCACGGUGUCUACCACUCUCUGAACGUCAACACUAGCAUAGGUUACUCAGGCUUUGGGGGGUAUGGCUACACUUGGCCGUACAGUGAGCUCAACAUCCAACAAGCUCUAGCAUUGAACGAGAUCUGCAACGCACCCCAAGAGUUCAUCAGCAGGAGCCCACAUCUUGUGGUCGCCCAGCUUGACUGGAUUCAGACUCGGUAUUUAUUCGUCAGCAGUGCUGUCUCUCAGCAAGCUACCAGUUCGGUAGACAAGGGUUCAAUACCGCUGGAGAUCCUGGAACAAGAUCCCGAUGUAACGCCGAUGGGAGGUGAUGGCAAGCUUGUCAUUCCUAUCCGUGCGGUUGCAGGAUCCCGACGACCCAAGUCGCUCAACACUACACAACACAAGAGGCAGAAGGCGGGGGGAACGAGCAAAUAUGAUGCUAUUGAGAUUGACGAUGACGAUACUGCCAGUAUCGCUACGCUGGAUGAAGAUCACAUCGUCUUCGACGACGACUCACCAAAGAACGAACAGUUUGUCGAUCCGCUUCCGACGCCCAAUUCUACCAAAGAUGGCAAGGGCAAAUCGAAAUUGGGCGGGUUCUUCCACAAGCUGAAGCCCUCGAAGCCCUUUACAGAUUACGUCCCUGGAACAUUAGACUACAGUACCCUACCCAUGCUCCAGCAACCAUCGUGGGCCUCCACUACUGCGACGAAGUGCCUGAUGCGAGAGUUCAAAGUCCUGAUCAAGACGCAGAACGAGCAGCCACUGCACGAGCUCGGCUGGCACAUCGACGAGGACAGAAUCGAAAACAUGUAUCAGUGGAUUGUGGAACUACAUUCGUUCGACCUAACGCUACCACUAGCGCAAGACAUGAAAAAGCACGACGUCAACAGUAUCGUCCUGGAAUUACGCUUUGGAAAGGACUACCCGAUGGCGCCUCCCUUCGUUCGGGUCAUUCGCCCGCGCUUCCUAAGCUUUGCAGCUGGAGGUGGUGGCCACGUCACUGCAGGUGGUGCCAUGUGCAUGCAGCUCCUGACGAACGAUGGCUGGAGCGCGGUGUCUUCGAUUGAGUCUGUUCUGGUUCAAGUACGCAUGGCUAUCACCAGCCUUGACCCCAAGCCGGCUCGCCUGGAACGCGGUGGAAGGCACGAUUACGGCGUCGGUGAAGCUGUGGGUGCAUAUAUUCGCGCUUGUGCCAUGCAUGGAUGGACAGUACCUAUUGGAUUCCAAGAGACGGCAUAUGGCGGCGCAGAGGGAUCAGGUCAUUUUGGCUAGUCGCCAGGGAAGCGGAUGGUUUUGAAACAUUCAACUCCAUCGCCACUAAUGGCUCGCUCAGAGUGCUCGGUGUAAAAGGUGCGUAGAAGGAAGUACAUGCAUUGAUGUGCUGGCUACAUCACGGAACUGCGCGUCUUUAGAGCAUACUGCGGCGUUUGGGAUACAUCCAUGGCAUGAGCAUUUGAUAACGGCGCUAGAGGGACUGCAACGAUACCUCACGAACGGACUAGGAGCAGAGGACCGCAUGCAUGGUCAAGGCGUUACGAACAAUACAACAAUGACAUCGAAUGACAUACG